AUGACGCGACAGUCUGAGGUUGUGAAAGACCAGCAGACCAGACUUUACACGUCCAGCGGAACCAACGUGGAUCGCCUUUACGUAUCAAAGAAGGCUCCUUCAAGAAAAGCCAAUCGUGGAGGAAGGGCGAUUUGCAACAAAUGUCGCAUAAUUGGACGUUACGCCCGCCAAUGCCGAAACUCCGCAGCGCUGAACCAAGUUUCCAGCACAGAGACUGCAUUUCUUGGAGUCAUCGAAAGCGAAAACAGUCAACGGUGGACGGCGACAGUGCAAGUUGGCGAGGUGCCAAUCGUCUUCAAGGUCGACACUGGCGCCGACGUGACAGUCAUUCCGACAGAGACGUACAAAGCGUCUUUUUCAGCGACGUCCCUGCAGAGGCCCACGAAGAUCCUGAAGGGUCCCGGUCGCCAUGAACUAGACGUACUGGGAAUGAUCACGAAGGACAUGACCUACAGAGCCAAGUCGACAAAAACGGACCUGUACGUUGUUAACGACUUGGAUGAAGCUCUUCUUUCGAGAGAAGCCAGUGAGAAGCUGGGAAUCGUCCAAAAGGUCUGCGAUGUUGCGACUUUACGUACUGGAGACGUCAAGCCGGAAAGAUCGGAUGGCAACAAGUUUUAUGCUAUAUGUAAGCUGUGUCCACCUGGUAAACGGCCUCUUAGUUUUGAAUGCGAUGCAAUAUCGAAUCUUGCGAAGCACCUAAAGACAAUGACCAACGUUGACAUCGACGAGGAUAAACCGAGCACGGACAAGGACACGGACAAGGCUGACCAAGAAAGAGCAUUUUCAAAACUUGUUUUUCUUAUACACAGGAAUGUGAGCUUCGUCGUGGCGCGCGGGCAGUGCUACGCGAGCCAGAGAAAGUCAUCCAAGCCCUACCGCGCAACUGCAACGAUCGCAGCAGACGGCUCGGUCUCGACGAGUACCUGCCAUUGCGCUGCCAAAGAAGGCUUGUGCAAUCAUUCUUUAGCACUGCUACAAAUGAUUGCCCUUCUCAAGAAAGAAGGGUACAGGGAAGCACCCCUGGAAGUGACAUGCACGGAACUUCCGCAGCAGUGGCGUCGUCCUCGGGGAUCGCAGAUCAAUCCUGGGAGCGUCAGCGACCUGGACUGGAGGAGCGUGAGGGAAGGAGGGCCUUCCGAAGCACUUUCUUCGAAGCUCUACGACGCGAGAAAAAGCAAGAGGAGCAUGACAGACAUGCAGCAGGACCUCCACACUUUGGGCGUCGAUCUCGGCCACCUCGAGGAUUCGCCUUUUGCGAAGCAUCUGCGUUCCCUGCAAGUGCUGGGCACUGAUUCAAUGUUUGGCAUAGUCCCCGAGGGCUCUGGAAUAUCUUACCAGCACCCAGUGUCUCCACAUGGAUUCAAGACAUACAUCAGCCCGAACAUUGUGCAGUGUGGCACAGAUGCCUCCAAACCUGUGCUCCCUACCUGGCCGGUGCUGUUCACCUCGUCAAACACCUACAAGCUCGGGACGGAGUUCCUAAAUGCUACCAGUACAUCGCUUCUUCAGAGCUUGGUUUUAACCCCGGAAGAAGCACGCCAACUGGAAAAGGACAGCCGAACACAAGCAAAAAGCGCAACGUGGAAGGCUGCCCGCACCAACAGGCUCACGGCGUCUUCAUUCGGGACCGUUGCAACCAGAGAGUCGUGGACGAAUGUGGGGCUACGGAACCUCACUGAAGAACGAGAUCUUUCUCGAGUGAGAGCCGUCAAGCAUGGUGUCACUCACGAGCCCCAUGCAGUGAGGAACUACGAAAGAGCACUUCGUUGUCGUGGCCACAGCAUCCAGACUACCUGCUGUGGCAUUAUGGUGGAUCCAUCUUUGCCAUGGCUGGGAGCGUCUCCGGACAGACUUGUAUAUGACCCCAAGGAGCCUGUCCCUCAUGGAGUUCUGGAAGUCAAGUGUCCUUAUACCAUGUACCACUCGGCCGAUCCUGACUCGCAGACCUUCUACAUGGUGAAAGAUGACUCGGGAACAUACAGAUUAAGGCGCGACCAUAACUAUUACUACCAACUGUUGGGGCAAAUGGCGCUUUCAGGCUUAAUGUGGGGCGAUUUUGUGGUUUACUGCAAGAAGUUUUUGAUUGUGGAGAGGAUUAGAUUUUCUCUUUCUGACUGGACGGAAUGCAAGGAAGUGCUUAACAAGUUUUAUUUUCAGACACUACUGCCAUACCUAGCACGAAGGUGUGAUUAGUGAAAUCUUGACUGAAUGGAGGGCAGCAUGCUAGUUUGGUUACUAUAGUCCGUUGCAACUCAAGAAGAUAGCGCGAGGGUGAGA